UCAAGACUCAGGUAGCAUGAUGUCUUCAGCGGUGGUAUUGAAUCUUCUGCUUCUGGUGUCCAUCGCUUCAGCAGGACAUUAUUAUGGCGGCUCACUGACCUUCACACCUAAAGGAACAAAUCCAGAUGGUAGCAUUAGGGUUGAAUUUCGCAUCAAGCAAAACUAUGAUGAGAUCUCGUGCUAUUAUCAACCAUAUAACUGCGUCUCUGGGAAUUGUGGCUAUGAAAGCAAUCAGGUCUAUGGUAAGGUUGAGCGCAGCUCCAAUGGCAGAAGUGGUUACACUAACACUUGGUGCCAAAAUGAAGCUGUCGUCACAAGAAAUAUCCACGGAAAUGCACCAUUUGAUAUGCAGGAUUAUUCCUGCUGCUGGGUGCCCACAGUUAACUAUGUUGGUAAUUGGAGACUCCUGACACACGUAGAUUUUGGCAUAAGAGCUGACACAAAUAAACCCAACCACUCCCCUCUCACCACUAUUUUACCACUUAUACGUGUUCCUCAAAACUGCCCUCGUACAUACCACUUGAUGGCCUUUGACCCAGAUGGCGAUCAGGUUAGAUGCAGAUAUGGACUUCAGCAGAAUAGUGAAUGUGACACGUGUGACCAGCCAAGUGGUUUCAACCUAAAUCAGCUUGCCUGCACUUUAGAGUACAGCAGUACUUACAACACAGGAGUCUAUGGAUUCGAGUUGGUUCUAGAGGACUUCCCUAAGAAACACACAAAUCUCGCCUACACUGAUGGCUCCCGGUCUUAUAGGUGCCCUCUAGGGAGUGCAAGACAAAACACAAUGACUACAACUGUGCCAACAACUACUCCAUGGUGGUGGUGGUAUCACCAACAAACUACCACAAUUCCACCUACAACUACCACUGUGCCUACAGCUACUCCGUGGUGGUGGUGGUGGUAUAACCAACAAACUCCCACUACUUCACCUCUAACUACCACUGUGCCUACAACUACUCCAUGGUGGUGGCGGUAUAACCAACAAACUACUACUAAUCCACCCCUAACUACCACUGUGCCUACAACUAUUCCAUGGUGGUGGGGGCCGCAGACCACAACAACAACAUCGCAUCAGCGUUCUUACAAACCAUUUAGCAAGAUCCCGCUGCAGUUCAGUUUUCUUGUUGACCCACCUGCUCCGUCCUGCACUGAGGGACUCUACAUACCACACUUUUUGUCACCAACUCCACACGAUGGAGAACGACUCCACAGUGCACCCCUCCGUGAGCUAGAAAUUCGGGUUAAGGCCACAGCAGCUUACACAACGGUUAAUGAUGUCAUCAUUAGUGGCCCUCUUAACAUAACUAAGCACCCUAUGAGUUCUGGAGAGUACGCCAUCAGAUGGACACCAAUGAGGGACGAUCUUGGAGAAAGUUUCCCCAUAUGUUUCAUUGCUGAAAGCUCAGAUGGAAUGAACAUUUAUCAGUCUGAAAUGAGAUGUGUUAUUGUCACAGUUGGACGUCACGACGUUAAAGCGAAUGUGAUUUGCACUGAAAGCAACAUGGUGGUUGAAAUUGAGCAGCAGAACUCUGUCGGGCUACACAAGGACUUUCUGCGACUCAACGAUCCUGCCUGUACCCUGGACUCAAACGGCACUCAUGUGCUAGCAAACAUUUCUCUCAACGCUUGUGGUAAUUUGAUCGAGGAGGAUGAUCAGUACAUCAUUUUCAAAAAUGAAAUCAUCUCAUCUGAUGACUCAAGCGGCAUCAUUACCAGAAAGCACGAGGUGGCGAUUGAGUUCUCCUGUCGUUACGAGAAGAGCAGCAACAUUUCACUGGAGUUCACUGCACAGAGACGCAUAACCACCAUCACUGAGAGAGGCUUCGGUACCCUCACGUAUAGUUUCGGACUCUUCGAAACAGAAAGUUACACCACGAUGAUGAACUCAUAUCCGGUGGAAUAUGAACUUGGGGAAAUGAUGUACAUGCAGAUUGAAUCCCAGUCUUCAAUUAACAACACAGAGCUUUUCGUCGAGUCGUGUGUUGCGACGCCAUACAAUGACCCCAACUACCAAAUGCCCUACACAAUCAUCCAAAAUGGGUGCAUCUUGGAUGAAACAGUACAGUUUUACACAAGCCAUCAGUCAAUGGUCCGAUUUGGCAUGGAAGCCUUCAAAUUCAUUGGACUGCAUGAUCAGGUGUUCAUCAGCUGUUCAGUCAUCUUAUGUGAAGCCAACAACCCCCUUACCCGCUGUUCUCAGGGAUGCACAAACACCACAGUACCUCCACCAUCCCACCAUCAUCGCAAAAGAGAGGCACCAAUCCAGACAUCCAGUCACUCCAUCUCUCAGGGACCCCUGCGCCUAAAGAGAAGCGUGGAGCGUCAAGUAUCCUCCACCGCUUUGAAUCUGAAUCUGGUCUUUAUUGCUGGAUGUCUCCUGGCAGCGGUUGGCAUGGUUUGUGCCGUCUUGAUCUACAGAAGCAGAAGACAACAGAUCAAAUAUCAACCUCUUCAAUCAGCUGAAAUUUAAUUGUCAGACUCAAGAAAUGCCGUCCUUUGUCUUUACUUUCUCAGGGCGGAUCUUGGCUUUGACAGAUUUUUGAAUGAUUAAACAGAUUAUUGUAUAAUAUAGUUAGCUUCGUUUUCAGCAUUGGUUUCAGCUAUGAUUUGCCAAUCUUAUAUAUACACACUGCAUAGUGCAUAUACAAUGUAAUAUACUUUUUUUACUAUUGUUAAUUACAAAUAAA